UCAAGUACCAGGAUCUGCCAGUCACGCGCCCAUCAGCUCCAGGAGGUGGCUCUCUGAGGAGUCGGAAUUAAUGAAGGUUAGAACUCUCACUGGUUCCUGCACUCUAGCUCAGUUUUGAUCUGGCUGAGUUCCCAAACUCCACAGACUAUUAGAACUAAAAUGGUAGAUGGUUUUCCAGUAGACGGGGCUCUACCUGUAGUACACUUUUCCUCAGGGUUUCAUGCUUAAAAGGGUAAGCUAGUGGCUGCCGACCAGCACAGAGGAGAAGCGGUGGGACGGAGGGCCAAGAGACAGCAAGAACAAAAAUGUGUUCUAUGGUAAAGAAGUUCCAGAAAUCCCGAAAUGAAGACUGUAGAGAUGGCAUCAGCGUUCUUCAAGGAAGAAAGCCAGGUGGGAGUUCCUCCCGCUGUAAUUUUGGCAGGAGGAGCGUUCCUUAUGAACGCAGUGGGCGUGGACUUCUGCCUUCACACUUCCAGGAGGAUGGUGGAAACUGGAUGAGGGAUGUCCGUGAGGAUCCCCGAGUAAGAUACACUCCUUAUGCCAGAGAACUCAACGAGAGGAGAGGGAAAUGGCGUGGUUCACGCCAAGUCCUUAUUACCAUGUGCAGAGACCCACAGUCUCGAGAGAGAAAAAUGGAGGAGGACACACAAGACAGAAGGGUGGAGAGCUGGUUCAAGAUCACAAUUCCAUUUGGCAGAAAAUAUGACAAGGCCUGGCUAAUGAAUUUAAUCCAGAGCCAUUGCAGUGUCUUCUUCAGCCCGGUUGAUUUCCACUACAUCAACAAUCGGGCCCUGUUCUUUGUCCAGGAUGCGCGCAUUGCCUCCAAAAUAAAGCAUGUCAGGAAUAAGAUUUAUGAUGAGGAGAAGCGAAAGAUAUCUAUCUUUGUGACUCCUUCUGUUGUACCCUACUCUGUGAAGAAUAAGUUCACGCCAGAACAAAUGGAGCAGCUAAAGUUCAUCAUGAAGAAACGAUAUGAUGGCUCCCAGCAAGCUCUCAACCUUCGGAAGCUCCGCUUUGACCCAGACUUGAUGGGCCACCAGAUUGAAAUGAUCCUGAAUCGAGGAAAUUGCAUGGUUGCCACCCUGCAGAUCAUUGAAAGCAAUUUCCCUGAGCUGUUGUCCUUGAACUUGGGAAAUAACAGACUGUACCAACUGGAUGGCCUGGCUAACAUUGUGGAGAAGGCCCCCCAAGUCAAGAUUCUGAACCUUUCCAAAAAUGAACUGAAGUCGAUCUGUGAGUUAGACAAGGUGAAGGGCCUGAAGCUGGAAGAGUUGUGGCUACAAGGGAACCCCUUUUGCAGCAAGUUCCCAGACCAGUCUGCCUAUGUGAGUGCCAUCCGAAAUUGUUUCCCUAAGUUAUUACGCCUGGAUGGCCAGGAGUUAAGCCCACCAAUUUUCAUUAAUGUUGAUGCCCCCGGGUUAAUAACACCCAGCCAGGAAAGCUAUAAGGGAUCUGAGACCAUGAAGAACCUGGUUCUGCAAUUCCUGAAGGAGUAUUACUUGAUCUAUGACUAUGGAGAUCGACAGGGUCUCCUCAAUGCUUACCACAACGAGGCCUGCUUCUCCCUGGCCAUUCCCCUCAACCCUGAGGACCUAGACUCGAGCAACUUGCGUGAGUACUUCAAGUAUAGCAGGAAUAUGAAGAAGCUCAAAGAUCCCAACUUGCGGAGACAGCUGCUGAAGUACACGAAACGUGACAUUGUAGACUCCCUCAGCAUGUUGCCCAAAACUCAGCAUGACUGCAAUAACUUUGUGGUGGACAUGUGGCUCCAGAGGAAAACGAUGCUCUGCUUUUCUGUCAAUGGAGUGUUCAAGGAAAUACAGGGAACAUCUCAGGGAGGUGUUCAUGCCUUCACCCGGACUUUCAUCGCUACUCCUGGCAGCAGUUCCUGUCUAUACAUUGUGAAUGACCAACUGUUUGUGAGGGAUGCCAGGCCUGAUGAGAUCCAGAGUGCCUUCUCCGUGCCCAUGGCCACACCCUGCUCCAGCUCCAUGCCCACCCUCUCCCAAGAGCAUCAGAGAAUGGUGCAGGCUUUCUCCCUGCAGUCUGGAAUGAAACCCGAAUGGUCUCAGAAGUGCCUUGAGGACAAUGGGUGGAACUACACCAGAGCUGGUCAGAUCUUCACAAUGCUCCAGACCCAGGACAAGAUCCCAGCAGAAGCCUUCAAACAAAUGCCCUGAAAGGAGCCCUUGCACAUCUUAUUGCUCUUCACCCACAUCAUUGUUUCUCUGUCACCAACCCACAAUCAGUACCUGUGACUGGGGUUGGAAUCCUGACUCACCAAGAAGCCAAGGUUACCUGGCAGGCCAGGUAACAUAACCACCCAAAUGACCAGUUGUUCUGUGUGUUGUCCCCAUUCAAGAUGGCUGUUUAUUGUCAUAAUAAAAAGUUACGUUGCA